AUGGAAAGAAAGGCAGUGCACAAAAUGUUGACUCCACUUGUGAAAAAGAUUGAUGCUGUGAAGAGGGAGGUGAUGCGAAGUCGUUUCGGAACAAAUGAAGUUCAACAAUAUGUUGAUCCGACAAAUGAGGAUCUGCAAACAGAGUAUCGUAUUAGAGAUUUGUUGUUGGGUGUUGUUUUUUGUGUAACUCCGCUGACAAAUGAGAUCAAAGAAGAGAGUGAUGAUCAAUUGAUGGAUAGGAUAUACAAAACGUUAAAGGGUCGGAGGUAUCUUGUAGUCAUGGACGAUAUUUGGAGCAAUGAAGUGUGGGAUCUUAUGACAAGAACUUUUCCAGACAACAACAAUGGGAGUCGAAUUAUUUUGAGUAGCAGGCUCAAAGAUGUGGCUAUGCAUUCCGAUCCUGACAGCCCUCCUCAUGAGGUAAGCCUCUUGAAUGCAGUUGAAAGUUGGAUUUUACUUCGUGACAAGCUGUUCGGAGUACAAAAACACGUUUGUCUUCCUGAACUAGAGGAUAUCGGGAAGAAAGUAGCAGAAAGAUGCCAAGGACUACCUUUAGCUCUUCUACUGGUUGCGGGGCCUCUCUCUAAACUUUCAAGAACUCCAGAAAGUUGGGAUGAUGUUUCCAAAAGAAUGGGAGUAUUUCCAGAAGAUAGUGAGGUUAACAUUGAGACAUUGAUCAAUUUAUGGGUUUCUGAGGGCUUUCUAUUGGAAGAAUCUGUGGGAAGAGAUGUUUGGAGGAUUUUGUUAGCAGGCAUCUGUUGA